AUGUCUAAAGAGCAUUCAACUGUUCCUUCCACUCUAGACAGCAUUGGUGAUUAUAUCAUGAGCUCCACCAUUGGUUAUGGAUCUACAGGCCAAGUAAAACUAGGUAUUCAUCAAUGGUCUGGACAAAAAGCAGCUAUCAAAAUCAUACCACGCAUUCAACUCUAUUCUUCUCUUAAAAUCACUCAAGCAGUAGAAAGAGAAUUAGCUAUCCUCCAAUUGUUACAUCACCCAAAUCUGAUUGAACUCUAUCAAAUACUACAAGACAAUGAAAACAUUUAUUUCAUUACUGAAUAUGUGCCUGGAGGAGAACUUUAUUAUGCUCUGAGUGAUAAGAAAAACAAUGGAUUGUCCGAAACAGAAGCUAAACAGUUAUUCAGUCAAAUAAUCAGCGCUUUAGCUUGGUGCCAUGCUCGUCAUAUAUGUCAUCGAGAUCUUAAGCCAGAAAACAUUCUGUUGGAUCAAACAAAAAAGAAGAUCAAAAUUGCUGAUUUUGGUAUGGCAGUCAUGCAAUCCACUACUAAACUGUUGAAAACAAGCUGUGGAUCGCCACAUUAUGCUAGUCCAGAAGUAGUCCGAGGAAUUCCUUACUACGGUCCAGCUGCAGAUGUAUGGUCUGCUGGUGUGAUUCUGUAUGUUUUGUUGGCUGGAAAACUACCUUUUGAUGACCGCCACAUUGGUCGAUUACUAGGCAAAAUAAAGAGAGGGCGUUUUAGACAAUUGCCAGACUGGGUUUCAUCUUCUGCAAAGGACCUUGUUUAUCGCAUGUUGGUUGUGAACCCAAACAAACGUAUCAGUUCAAAUGAUAUUCUAUCACAUCCAUGGUUGCUUUCAUUUCCACUGUUAAAAGGUGAAGAUACUCCUUCAAUGUCACUUUCUAUCCAUUCAUUUUCAUUUCGCUGUAAUCCUUGGCAUGACAGCCAAUUGAGAUCACCUUCCAUUUAUCAUUCAAAUGAUUUAGAUGGCCCUACUCGAGAAACACUCAAAGUACUGUGGCGAGAUUUGAGUCAUGAACAAAUCUUAUCUGCUCUUAUGGAAAAAGCCCCAAAUGUUCAAAAACUUACUUUUCAAUUAUUACAACAGCGACAAAAAAGAAGAUCGGCAGCUUCUAUGAACACAAGUCAUCAUGAUUCUAAAUUUGCGUAUUGUUUUCAUGAUGAUAGCCGUGUGCUUCCUCCUCCGCGUAUGGAAAAUGAUGUUAUACCCUUUUGUUUUAUACCUACUAUCAUGCAUACUCUUGUUCGAUACAAGCCAAGUGUUCAGACAACCCGUUUUCAUGUGACAGCAACUCGAUUUUCAUUCUCAAAAAAAAGCAGUGUACGACAAACAAUGACAACAUUGAGAAGUUAUCUUAUCUAUCAAUACAAUAAAUGGUUGAGUAAAAGAAAACGACAAAGACGAAACGACCAAGUGUUUUCUGUACACUGUGUGGCAACAUCAGAAUACAUUGCUGCUGGCAAAUUGCAUUAUAUUCUAUCAGAGGUUUGUUUUAUACGCAUGAUGGUCAAUUGA